AUGGUUAAGACAUACGGCCGCACCAGGCCGGCAGCCUUGCUCGAUGACAUCGCCAUUGUGGGGUACGCCUUCAAGCUCCCGCAGAACAUACACGACGACUCUUCCUUCUGGGAAGUCCUGGAGAAGCGCCGCAAUAUGAGGAGCGACUGGCCCGAGUCUCGACUCAACGCUGCUUCCUUUUCGAACGACAAUAACCACAAAUCUGAUUUUCAACGCCAAGGAGGGUAUUUCCUCAGUGAGGACCCGGGUGCCUUUGAUGCCCCCUUCUUCUCUGUCACGGCCAAGGAGGCCGCUGCCAUGGACCCGAUGCAACGAUGGACGCUGGAAACGUCAUAUCAUGCGUUUGAGAACGCCGGCAUGCCGUCCGAGACGCUCAAGGGGUCGCAGACCGCCGUGUUCUCGGCCUCGAUGCUCGAGGACUACGCCCGAAUGGCGGCCAUGGACCCAGACAACACGGAGCGCACGGCAGUGACAGGGAGCACCGUCGCCUGUGUCGUUCCCAACCGGGUCAGCUGGUACUUUGAUCUGCGCGGCCCGAGUAUCCACGUCAAUACCGCCUGCUCCAGCGCGCUGUCCGCGGUGGACAUGGCUUGCAAGAGCUUGCAGGCGGGCGAUGCUUCGUGUGCCCUAGUCACAGGUGCCAAUCUCCUCCUCGACCCGGGUGUAUUCCAGGUUCUGUCAAGCGGCGGCUUCCUGUCCCCCGACGGGCGGUGUUACAGCUUCGACGAGCGCGCCAACGGGUACGCCCGCGGGGAAGGUUUCCUCGCGCUCGUGCUCAAGCCCGUCACGGCGGCGGUGCGGGACGGCGACAUGAUCCGCGCCGUGAUCCGGUCCAUCGGCUCCAACCAGGACGGCCACACCCCCGUGCUCACCCAGCCCAGCGCCGAGUCUCAGGAGCUGCUGAUCCGCCAUGUCUACCAGCGAGCGGGACUGCCGUUUGAUCAGACGCGCUAUGUUGAGGCCCACGGAACGGGGACAAAAGUAGGCGAUCCCAUUGAGACUCGAGCCAUUGGCAGGGUAUUUGGAAACUGUCGGUCAUUAGAAGAACCCCUCUUUGUCGGGUCUAUCAAAGCAAAUAUGGGGCAUCUCGAAGGAGCCAGUGCCCUGGCCAGCAUCAUCAAGGCUAUUUUGAUUCUGGAGAAAGGCGUUAUCCCUGGGCAGGCCCUGCUCGAGAAAGUCAACCCCGAUAUCGAUGUUGACUCUUACCACCUCGCGUUUCCCACCGAGACCACGCCCUGGCCAAGCUCAGGAUUACGCCGGGUAUCAGUCAACUCAUUCGGUUUCGGGGGUUCCAACUCGCAUAUCAUCCUGGACGAUGCGAUGAGUUACUUACAGCAGAGGGGCCUACACGGGAAUCAUCAUUGUACCAUUUCCGAUCUCGAUGGUGGCAGUGGUCGUGGUGAUGGUGCUAGUACACCGAUAUCGACCGUGCUACAACUACCGAAGCUCCUCGUCUGGAGUGCCGCCGACGAGGCGGCCCUGAAGCGCAUGACACAGGCCUACAUGUCGUACUCCUACAACGACUCCUACUACGAAGACGACCGAGUGACCGGCCGUGUCGCCUUCGGACACUCCAAGCUCGCCAGACUGGCCCACACGUUGUCCGAACGACGGAGCCGCAUGCUGUGGAGGUCGUUUUCCGUUGCCAUGGACGGCGCAGAGACCGAGGGCCACCAGCAGCAGCAGCAGCAGCUGACCAGUAGCAAACCAGUUCGGAGCUCGGCCGAGGUCGGCUUGGGUUUCGUCUUCACCGGCCAAGGAGCGCAGUAUGCCACCAUGGGCAGCGACCUGUGCCGUUAUCCUGUCUUUUAUGCGACGCUACGGCAGGUCGACAGGGUAUACCGCAGCUUGGGUGCUCCCUGGUCAUCAGUAUCUGACGCGUUACGGAGCCCUGAAAACAUCGAUAAACCAGAGUACAGCCAGCCGUUGACGACAGCGGUGCAGGUGGCACUCGUUGACUUACUGAAAAGCUUUGAUGUCACUCCCAAGGCAGUCGUUGGUCACUCCUCAGGGGAGAUUGCCGCCGCCUACGCCGUCGGUGCUCUAUCACUGGAAUCUGCCUGCAGGGUCGCCUUCUUCCGGGGACAGCUGGCCGGGAAGCUUAGAAACAGCAGCAUCAGCAACGACAACACCAACACCAACGCCUCCAGCUCCACUCCAGGCGCCAUGCUCUCGGUGAAUCUCGCGGAAGACCAAGUGGCCGAUUAUCUCUCCAAGAUUUUCGACGUGCCGGAUGCGAUCGCGAUCAAGUCGGUGUGCGUGGCCUGCGUCAACAGCCCGCUUAACUGUACCCUAUCGGGCCCCGAAGCCGCGAUUGAUGCCGUCAAGGCACAGGCUGACAGGGAUAGCAUAUUUGCCCAGAAGCUGAGGACUGGGGUGGCCUACCACUCGCCAUCGAUGCUCGCCAUUGCUGACGAGUACCUGCUUCUGAUGAAGAAGAAAGGCCUCGAAGGCGAUGCGGCGGCCUUGGCGGCCUCGGCGGAAACAGCAACAGCAGCAACAACAAUCCCCAUGGUCUCAUCCGUGACGGGCAAGGUGGCCAAGGCGGCCGAGCUGAUCCAGCCCGAGUAUUGGGUGCGCAACAUGGUGUCACCCGUCCGCUUCGCCAAUGCAGUCCGUCUGCUCGUCAGCUCUUCUUCUUUUGAACACGUGACGGAUCUGAUCGAGGUCGGCCCACACCCGGCACUGCGUCGUCCCGUGCAGGAUAGCAUAAGUGCAGAGCGGCAGCAGCAGCAGAUCCGGUACGCAAGUGUGCUCCACCGGUCGCGACCAGCUCCCGAGACCCUCGUCGAGUUGAUGGGGCAGCUAUUCUGCUCGGGCCACGGCGUGUCUGUCUCGGCGGUCAACCGCGGCGGAAAAGAAGAAGAGCACGCGGAGGAAGAAGAGGAAUCGAAGCUUCCUGAGCCUCCUCUGCUGCUCGACUGUCCCUCCUACCCGUUUGACCAUUCCCAUCGCUACUGGGCCGAGUCACGCCUCAGCCGGGAUUUUAGGCUGCGUGGGGCCGUCCAGGGCGGCGACUGUCUCGGAGUGCGGGUAUCGGACUGGAACCCUUUGGCACCGAGAUGGAGGAACUUUCUCAGUGUCGAGUCCACGCCAUGGAUAGGGCAUCACAAGGUAUCCGCUGGCAUGCUCAUGAUGGCUAUCGAGGCAGUGCAGCAGCAACUGGCAGAUGUCGACGACCGCACCGUCUUGGGCUACCAGUUCGAGCGCGCUGACUUCCUCCACCCAAUUCUCGUACCCAACACAUGGGAAGAGCGGACCGAGACGCAGGUGCACCUACAACCCUUGGCGGCAGGAAAAGAAGAGCAGCAGCAGCAGCACAGCUUUGAUGUUGCCAUCUUCUCGUAUGCCCGGAGCGGCAGCAGCGGCAGCAGCAGUAGCAGCAACAGUAGCAGCAGCAGCAUCGGGCAGUGGUCCGAAUGUUUCCACGGCAGGGUAACCGUCGAGUAUACAGACGGAGACAAACAGAUGGCUGAUGAUGAAGGCGUGCGCGAGCUCAUGACACGAGCUGAGACAGGGUGCAAGCUGCCGGUGGACUCGCAAGUCUUCUACCACGACGCGGCCGAACAGGGACUUCAGUACGGAGACUGGUUCCAACUGCUCCGCGACAUCCGCUGGGACGGCGACAAGACGGCUGUGGCGCACCUGGACGUGUCCCGAGAGCGGUACCAGACCGGCAGCCUGGUCCACCCGGCCCUGCUCGACACUGCCUUCCAUGUGCUGCGUGCCAGCGCCGGGCAGCAAGCCGCCGCCAACGUUCCUGUGCGUCUGGAGAAGGCGUGGUUUGCUGCCGCGGGAUGGCAACAACAAAAACGCCCCAACAACAGCGGCGCCUCGGCGGUGACUCCGGUGAGGUGGUUGGCUACUAGCAACGGGAGUACCAAGACCAAUGCUGGCGAGCAAGGCACGCUGUACGCCCUGGCAACAGACGGAACGGUCCUUUGCGCGAUCGGAAAGGCCGUGACCAAGGCCGUGACGGCGGCCGUGUCCAAGAAUGCAGCAGAAAGUUCAGCAGAGAUCAAGAACAGUAACAAUAAGAAGAAGCUCCUGUACGGAAUCGAGUGGAAGCCGCAGCUCAGCCUUCUCGAGCCGCAGCAGCUGGCCCGUAUCUGCAGCGCCAAUGUUCAGCCGCGCGACGAGACCACCGUGGUGGCCAACCACGCCAAACUGUGCGCGGCGCUGGACCUCGUGGCGGUGCGCACCUUGCAGCGGAUCGAUCGUUCCAAGAUCCCAGCCAACCACUUGGCACGACACGUCGACUGGAUGGAGCACCACACUACCACGCUGACCCCGGCGCGCCGACAGGAAGGCAAAACCAUCACCGACGCCGACCUCGAGGCGCGCCUGCUCGAGGUGGACGCGGCGCUCCCCGCAUGGAGGCUAUACACGGCCUGCGCGCGGCAGCUCGGGAGCAUCCUGGCGGGAGACGUGGACCCGCUGCAGGUCGUGUUCGAGUCCGACUUGGCCCAGGCCUUUUACGCCGACCUGUUUCUCAACCUCUGCGCCGAUGGCCGGCUUACCAACUUCCUGGACCUCGCAUCCCAUGAGAACCCGGCCAUGCGCAUCCUCGAAGUCGGGGCCGGCACAGGCGGCAUGACGGGCCAUGUCCUGAAGGCUUUGCAGGCGCGCGAGGUCCGGACAGGCGCACCCAGCUUCGCCCAGUACAUGUACACAGACAUCUCGCCCGUCUUCUUUGAGCGAGCACGCAGUCGCUGGCCGGAUCUGGUGGAGCAUGGCCGCAUGACUUUCAAGACGCUCGAUCUCGGCCGGUCCGUGGAAAGCCAGGGCUUCGAGGCGGGCUCGUACGACAUGGUCAUUGCCGCCAGCGUGCUGCACGCGACGCCGUAUAUCGAGGACACGCUCCGCAAUGUGCGCGCCACGCUGAAGCCGGGCGGCCGCCUCGUCUUGGUCGAGGUCGUCAACCCGGCCGACAUCGCUACCAACUUUAUGGCGGGGCUUGUGCCCGGCUGGUGGGUUGCUCGCGAGGAGUGGCGCCCCCACUCGGCAGCUGUCAGCGAGCCGAUGUGGGACAAACUGCUCCGGGCCAACGGGUUUUCCGGAAACGAUGUCCUGCUGCGAGACUAUAGGAGCGAAGAGUGCCAUAUCAUGAGCGUCCUUGUGUCCACAGCUGUGUCCACUACUACUGAUCUGUCAGCAGCAGCGGCUGCUGCUGCACCACCACCACCACCGCCUGAGCUUGAGCCUAAGCCUGAGCAAGACCGCAGCCCCCGCAUUGUGAUCGUUGUCGAUGAAGGAGCAUCAGACCAGCAAUUGCAGGUAGCCAGUGCAGUAGGCAGCCUGGUUGGCCGGCCUGGCCCUGACUCGAAGCAACAGCAACAGCCGAAGCCGACCAUCUCCUCCAUUGCUGCCGACGAGCUUUCCGAUGCCCUGGUUGGUCUGACCGAGGACGACGCAGUCAUCUGUAUUGCCGAGGUUUGCGGCAGACCGCUCCUGGCCGGUCUCUCCGACCGUCAUUACGCAUCCCUGCAGCUGCUGGUCAAACACUCCCCGAGGCUGUUGUGGGUCACAGCGCCGACCUCGAGAGAUGAUCCUCUGGCGGCACAUUACAGCGCCGCCCAGGGCUUCCUGCGCUCCGUCCGAGCAGAACAGGAGCAAGAGCGGAUCCGCUUCGUGAAUCUGACCAUUGAGAUUGAGGAUGGCAGCGGCAGCGAUUCUACGGCUCAUGCAGACAUCAUUGCUAAGACGUUCCAAGUCUCGUUUGCACCCUCACUCUCGGGAAGGCCAUCAUCAUCCAAAGAAGUUGAGUAUGUCCUGCGCAACGGCGUAUUGAUGACAGGCCGGGCAGUCGAGAACGUGGACGGAAAUCAGGCCCUGCAGUCCCUCCUACAGCCACAACCACGCAAGGUUGCCUGGGCAGACACCUCGGCCAUGCAGCUUUCGGCACGCAGCCCUGACAAUGCCGGUAAUGAUGCCCCUGGAGUCGGUCACCUCUCGUUCGUCCAGGACCUGUCACACAGCUCCAACAGUGACAUCGCACCAGACGAGGUCGAGAUCGAAGCCAAGGCGUGGAGUCUAGGUCAAGGUGACGAGCAGGUGUCGGGCUCCGGCCCUACCACCACCAGCUGCGCCGGAAUCAUCACACGGGUGGGUAGCAACUGUAGCCCGUCGUCCCUGCUCCAGCCGGGUGAUCACGUCUGCGUGGUUCUGCCACUGGGAUCCUUCCAUAUGUCCAAGUACCUGCGCGCACAUCACACGGCCGUGGCCAGGGUGCCGCCACGCGACAAGGCCUCCUUCGAGGCCGCUACUGCGUCGCUGGUACCCGGGCUCACUGCCUACCACGCCCUCGUCAACGUCGCACACCUCCAGCCAGGCAUGAGCAUUCUAAUCCACCACGCAGCAGCCGAGGGCGAGGGGGUAGCCCAGAUGGCGGUCCAAAUAGCAAAGAGGCACGGCGUCGACCGCAUCUUUGCCACCUUCUCGUCGCCCGAUGAAAAGAAGCUGCUCCUGGCCAAGAAGCUGGGCAUCCAACCCGAGCACAUCUUCCCCCGCCGUCCGGCGGCAGCGUUUGCGCGUGGCGUCAUGCGCCUGACACAGGGAGCAGGCGUUAGUGUCGUCUUCAACUGCGCGCUUCUCGGCGAGGACGCGCUGCUGGCUUCGUGCGAGUGCCUCGCCCCGGGUGGCCGCUUCGUCGAGGUGGGCAACCGUGGCAACAUUGCGGCGGGUACCGCGCUCCCCAUGUCUGUGUUUGCUAAAAACAUAUCCUUCUCGGCUGUUCAGCUAGGAAGAGGAGACUUACACGGGGAGGUUGUUGGCAGGCUGACCAAGACGAUGGUGCAGCUGCUGGGCGAGGGCAGCAUUCAGCCGCUCCAGCCGGGGCACGUCGUUGAUGUAUCGCGCAUCAACGAAGCUCUCAGGCCCAUCCAGGGCAGCAGCGGGGCUGCAGAAGCAGCAAGUGGACCUGUUGUCGUCCGCGCGAGAGACCAGGACGUGAUUUCGUAUCUUGAAAAACAAGAGCGGCACUGGACAUUCGACGAAAAGGCAUCGUAUUUCAUCGCCGGAGGGUCUGGCGGUCUGAGCAGGGAGAUCAUCCGAUGGAUGGCCGACCGCGGGGCCAAGCACAUCGUCAUGGCAUCCAGGUCGGGAGGGACAUCCGAUGCGGCCCAGGAACUGGUGGCCGAACUGAGAGCUCGCCAUGUCAACGUGUUGGCGGCCCAGUGCGACGUAGCCUCGGAAUCGAGCCUGGCCGGCGUGCUGGAACAAUGUGCGCGCAGCGACAUGCCCCCCAUCAAGGGCUGCAUCAACGCUGCCAUGGUGCUCCAGGACGCCAUCUUCCAGGACAGCAUGACGUACGCGCAGUGGGACCUGGGCGUGCGCACCAAAGUGCAGACCUCGUACAACCUCCACCGUCUCCUCCCGCAGAACCUCGACUUCUUCCUUCUCCUAUCCUCCCUCGCCGGCGUGGUCGGGCAGAUGGCCAGCGCCAACUACGCCGCGGGCUGCUCGUUCCAGGACGCCCUGGCGCGCCACCGGCUCGCGCGCGGCCAGCGAGCGCUCUCCCUGGACAUCGGCUGGAUGAAGAACAUCGGCAUCAUCGCCGAGACGGAAGCGUAUCAGCGCCAGCGCCAGCGGGCCGACGACAUGCAACCCAUCGACGCCAGCGAGCUCCUGGGCCUGUUGACUUUGUGCCUCGACCCGACCAGCCCGCUCCCCGCGCCUGCUCACGGCCAGCCGGAGCAGGUGCUUUUCGGGCUGCGGACACCCGCAGACCUCGUCGCCAGGGGCCGUGCCGUGCCAGCUUUGCUAGGGCGGCCCCUCUUCGCCGCCUUCUCGUAUGACCCAGCAGCAGCGAAAACAACAAGAACAGGCCAACAACCUUCUUCUUCUGGCGCUGCUUCUGUUGUGGUCAAUGACAGCGCGCUCUUCCGCGAGGCGGCGGUGGGUUCACGCGAGCGCGCGCAGGUCGUGCGGCGAGCCUUGGCGAAGAAGCUUGCUCGGGCUAUGUCCAUCGCGCCCGAGGAUGUCGAGCCGAGCAAGCCGCUGUCGGCUUACGGCGUAGACUCGCUCAUGGCCGUGGAGUUGCGCAACUGGUUUGCAAAGGAGUUUGGCGCCAACGUGGCUGUUUUUGACAUUAUGGGGCGAGUAUCCAUUGCAAAGAUCGCGGAUCUGGUCUCUGCUAGAAGUAGUUUCAAGUAA